AUGGCAGGAGAAGCAAUCUCAAAAUCCUUUCCACCAAACCCAACUCAGGAAUCCAAUCCUCCGAUCAUCAAGAAGAAGAGAAAUCAACCAGGAAAUCCAGAUCCUCAAGCAGAAGUCAUCGCCUUGUCUCCAAAGACCCUCUUGGCUACAAACCGGUUUGUGUGCGAGAUAUGUGGCAAAGGCUUUCAGAGAGAUCAAAAUCUGCAGCUCCACCGCCGUGGCCACAACCUUCCAUGGAAGCUGAGGCAGAGAAGCACCAAAGAGCCAAGGAAGAGGGUGUACGUGUGCCCAGAGAAGACCUGCAUCCAUCACCAUCCAUCAAGGGCACUCGGCGACCUCACUGGCAUAAAGAAGCACUUCUGCCGCAAGCACGGCGAGAAGAAGUGGAAGUGCGACAAGUGCUCCAAGCGGUAUGCGGUGCAGUCCGAUUGGAAGGCCCACUCCAAGACUUGUGGCACGAGAGAGUACCGUUGUGACUGUGGCACCAUCUUCUCUAGGAGGGACAGCUUCAUAACCCACAGGGCCUUCUGUGAUGCCUUAGCCGAAGAGACCGCACGAGUCUCUGCGGCAUCUAACAUCAGUAGCUUGACAUCGAACAGCAAUGCCAAUUAUCAAUUCACCAGUGGCUUGAUGAGAUCUAACAUGGUGCAGCAUUUCCCUGCUAUGUUCAAUCCGGCGGCCGCCGAAGGUCAAGUAGGCGAUCAUGCUACGCCUGGACUUCCACUCUGGAUCCACCAUGGCGAGGUGUUGAGCACUGAUAGCAGUCUCUCAAGUAUGCAUCAAACUGGACCGGUGAGUAUUGAAACCCUGCACGGUGAUCCCUUUGCUUCAUGCUCGAAUGGCGGCCACCAACUCAACCGCCAAUUAAGUUGGAUAUAUGGUAACGAUCUGGCCUCUUCAAGCUCUGGGGAGCUAAUUACAAGCACCUCGUCACUAAUACCUACUAGUUUGAAGGAAGCCGACCUUGUAAGUGUCCCUUCCUGGUUUAGCACUCGGCAUCAUCAGCAGCACUCCAUGCCAGCAUCAGGCAUGUCUGCAACUGCAUUGCUACAAAAAGCUGCUCAAAUUGGCGUGACUUCCUCUAGUCCAUCAUUUUUUGGUGGCGUAGAGAUGAAGCGCCACAACACUCAUGUCCAAGAUGGCAGCGAAUACAAUGGAUUGCUCAAUCCAAGCCAUCCAGGCGUAGCCGCUAACAUGGCAGGUAGUCUAGAGAGCACUGCCAAUCCAUACAAUAAUAUGUACUCCACAAGGCAUCAGCUGGCUCAAAAAGAUGGUGGAGGAGGAGCUACUAGGGAUUUCUUGGGCGUUGGGGUACAGACUAUCUGCCCAUCGUCAGUUAAUGGAUGGAUUUGAGCCUAUUAAUUAGCGUUUACGACUCACGUACUUAUCCACUGAAAGAAAGUGGAUGAGUUGAGGAAAAAGGAGAUGGAAGUGGAGAUAUGGAGAGAUUAUAUUAUGAGAAAACUUUGCAGGGAAGAAAAGCGGGUAUGAGUGGUUGAAGGAGUUAAGGAGAGCGCAGUUUUAUUAAGCACUAAGUUUGAUCAGCACUGGAAAGAGA